AAUCAUCAUGGUCACCAACAGAGCUCGUCAUCAACAUCAUCAUAACAAAAAGAAAGAAAAAUCAGUUCGAAAAGUGUUUUAUUACAACGAAGCGCAAUUAAUUUCGAGAAAAUAAACAAUAACCACUCAAAAAUCCACAAAGUUAUCGUUGGAAUUUCAGGUUCCCACCCGCUGGAAAACAGGAUAAUCCAUCGAUCGAUUGAUUGUCUUGGAAGGACGUUCCUCUAAAUGGGAGACAAUGGGGACAAAAUCGGCCUCAAGCUGGCCGAGAUAUCGAUCCACAAGUUCAACCAAACCAUUCCGCAGUAUUUGAAUCUGCUCAAGAACCACAAGUGCAACAUCGAGAAGGCCAGCUCGCUGAAGGACUGGGACCGGAUCAAGCGGGAACAGAUUAAUGCGACGCGGGUCAUCAAACAGAUGAAGUAUCUGAUCCUGGAGAUCGACAAAGUGCGGUCCAGAGUUCGGCAGGGCGAUCUGGAACGGUUCGACGAGGCCAUAGAUGGGGCGAAGAAGAAUGCCUUCGGGGCGAUGGGCGAGUAUUUGGAAGCGCAACAGAAAAUAGUAUCUCGGACACAGUCAACGUACAGUUUUACGGAUGAGGAAUACUACACGAGACAGGAACAGCAGGACAACCAAUAUGGUCGCCAGUUGGCACACGUUCCGGAGAUAACGAGCAAUUAUAAUCGUGAGACGGAGGAACUGCGCCAGAGGGAAGAAUGCCUCAAAGAGAUGGAAACGCUUCAGCAGGAGAUUGUCGACAUCCAGGAUCUCUUUCAGACGGUGCACUCGAUGGCGCGAGAUCAAGGUCAGAUGGUGGAUGCGGUUGAGGAAAAUGUCGAGGUGACGCAAGUCCACGUGGAGCAAGGCGAAACUGCGCUGAGAAAGGCUUUGAAGUACAAGAAAGCCAUUUACCCGAUGUGUGGGGCGCUGCUGGGGUCAUGUAUAGGUGGUCCCAUUGGGUUGAUCGUGGGAUUGAAGGCCGGCGGAUUGGCAGCGCUUGGAGGAGGGCUCGUUGGUUUCGCCGGUGGAAAGUACAUCAAAGAGGAAGGUGUGGAGGCUGUGGAUGCUUUGGACGGUGGAGACAAGGCACUGGAAGUGGAAGCAAAUGGUGCGGCCUUGACGGCGGAUAUGGACCAGGCCAUUUGCGUGCGGAAGGAAUGACAUUUCGGGAGGCUCUGCUCUAUUCAGUAAAAAGAUUGUGUUAUUGCAAUUUAGGCUGUCUAGAGGAUCGUGUGUAAAGAUUUCGUCGAUUUUUAGUUGUUGACCAUCGCGAAUCGAUUUUUUUUGUUAGGUAAGAUGCUUUCUAGUGCUAAAACUGUGAAUAACAAACAAAUUGUUGCAGCAUUGAAGCAGAGUCAAUCAAAAGAUACUGAACUACAUCCCACACGAUCCUUUGGUGUCAAGCAAAUACGGUGCUUCAUUUAGCGUUAUAA